AGCUCGAAAAAAAAAGCACGAAGAGUCGUAAGUGAUCGAAACACCACAAUUCCACAAAAGCACACUAUUAAUCUCCGUGUAAUGCAAUCAAUCAACAAUGGGCGCCUACACAUGCUCUCUUCGCCACAUCUCUCCAUGUUGAAAACCAAUUUAAUAUUAUUUUAAUCUUUCUCUUCUCGCGCAUAACACCUUCUGUGUAUAUAUAUAUUACACAUAUAUUGUACAUGGCCAUACAAUCCUCACCUCGCUACUACAAGCAUAAUUAUUCUCGUUGAAAGAGCAUCUCCGAGUCGACUCAGAAGAAAUGGAAGGACUCGAUUCAACUCGUGCUUUCCUCAGAAAUGUCAAGCGUAUUGUUAUCAAGGUUGGGACAGCUGUUGUGACACGUGCUGAUGGGAGAUUGGCGGUUGGGCGACUAGGAGCGCUUUGUGAGCAGAUUGAAGAGCUGAAUUAUCAGGGAUAUGAAAUUAUUUUGGUGGCAUCGGGUGCGGUGGGGGUUGGGCGGCAGCGGCUGAGAUACAGGAGAUUAGUAAACAGCAGCUUUGCUGAACUCCAAAAACCACAAGUUGAGCUGGAUGGGAAGGCUUGUGCAGCUGUUGGACAAAAUGGUCUCAUGGCCAUAUAUGACACAUUGUUCAGUCAGCUGGAUGUGACUUCAGCACAACUUCUUGUGACUGAUAACGAUUUCAGGGACCCAAAUUUCAGAAAGCAGCUGACUGAAACAGUAAAAUCAUUGUUGUCUUUAAAAGUGGUUCCUAUUUUUAAUGAAAAUGAUGCUAUUAGCACCAGGAGAGCUCCAUACGAGGACUCUUCUGGUAUAUUCUGGGACAAUGACAGUUUGGCAGCUCUUCUAGCCUUGGAGCUUAAAGCUGACCUUCUUGUUCUGUUGAGUGAUGUCGAUGGGCUUUACAGCGGCCCUCCUAGCGAUCCCAAAUCAAAGCUGAUUCAUACAUAUGUUAAAGAGAGGCUUGAGGGAGUAAUUACAUUUGGUGAGAAGUCAAGGUUGGGAAGAGGGGGCAUGACUGCAAAAGUAAAAUCUGCUGUUUGUGCAGCUGAUGCUGGCAUCCCAGUUGUUAUCACCAGUGGCUUAGCCGGUAGCAAUAUUAUCAAGAUUCUUCGAGGAGAGCGUAUAGGUACUCUUUUUCACCGAGAUGCUCACAAAUGGGUCCCAGUUGAACAUAUUGGUGUACGUGAGAUGGCUGUUGCUGCAAGAGAGAGUUCUAGACGUCUUCAGGCUAUCUCCUCAAAAGAGAGGAGCAAGAUUUUGCUGGACAUAGCUGAUGCCCUGCAAGCAAAUGAAAAACAAAUCUUGGCUGAAAAUGAAGCUGAUGUAGCUGUUGCGCAACAGGCUGGAUACGAAAAAUCACUAGUUUCACGGUUGGAAAUGAGUUCUGAGAAGAUAUCAAGUCUUGCAAAUGCUAUUCGUGUGCUCGCGAACAUGAAGGAUCCAAUUGGUCAUGUUUUGAAUAGGACUGAGCUUGCAGAUGGUCUCGUCUUAGAGAAGACUGCCUCUCCCUUGGGUGUCCUUCUGAUUAUCUUUGAGUCUCGACCAGAAGCAUUAGUACAGAUUUCUUCACUGGCAAUCCGCUCUGGAAAUGGACUCCUUCUAAAAGGAGGAAAGGAAGCCAAGCGGUCAAAUACUAUCUUGCACAAGAUUAUAACUUCAGCUAUUCCACAAAGUGUUGGUGAAAAACUAAUUGGACUUGUGACCUCCAGAGAAGAAAUUCCUGAGUUGCUCAAGCUUGAUGAAAUGAUUGAUCUGGUGAUUCCAAGAGGCAGCAAUAAACUAGUAUCUCAAAUCAAGGCUUCAACUAAAAUUCCGGUUCUGGGCCAUGCCGAUGGAAUUUGUCAUGUUUAUGUUGAUAAAUCUGCCAAUAUCGAAAUGGCAAAGCAAAUUGUUUUGGAUGCUAAAACGGAUUAUCCUGCAGCCUGUAAUGCAAUGGAAACACUUAUUGUUCACAAGGAUUUGAUGCAGAGUGGUGCUCUUAACGAGCUUAUCAUGGAGCUUCAAAUCAAAGGUGUUGAUAUAUAUGGUGGUGAAAAGGUGAGUACUUUACUGAAUGUUCCAGAGGCACAAUCAUAUCGUCAUGAGUACAGCUCGCUGGCUUGUACUGUUGUACUUGUGGAGGAUGUAUAUGCUGCGAUUGAGCAUAUACAUCGUCAUGGAAGUGAGCAUACUGAUUGCAUAGUAGCAGAAGACUCAGAGGUUGCAGAAGUCUUUCUACAUCUGGUCAACAGUGCUUCUGUAUUUCGCAACGCUAGCACAAGGUUCAGUGAUGGAUUUCGUUUUGGACUAGGAGCAGAGGUCGGCAUCAGUACAAGCAGGAUUCAUGCUCGUGGUCCUGUAGGAGUGGAGGGUUUACUAACGACUCGAUGGAUUGCUAGGGGAACUGGUCAAAUCGUGAAUGGUGAUAAGGGGGUUGUUUACACUCACAAGGACCUCACUCAGAAAGCUUAGAUUUAUAUCAGUGGAACUAUUGAAGGAUAAUCUAGUCUGAACUGGGAAGCCUCAUAUUAUGUAGAGGCUUACGUAUUCAACUCGUUGAGAUGCCCUUCACAGCUGGGGAACUCGUAGAUGGUUCUUCUUGUUGUCACGACAUGUAUUGUAAUGUAAUUGGAAAAAAAUAUUUAAAUCACUAUGACUCUUUGAGCUUGAAGAAAGCGCUUUUACUGUAAUCUUCAAGAAUUAGGUCAGAUCUGCGGAUAAUAUUCAUUGAAUAUUAGUGUAAUAUAUGCACUCAUGUAGAGCUGUAGAAACCAUUAAGCUUUUUCCUUGAAAUCUAUCACUUGUAAUACGUUUGUAGUGUAAUAAGAAAUGAAUCAGCAAUUAUCUUUUGUAGA